AUGACAAUUUAUCCAACACUUAUACACAUUGACAAUGAUUUCCAUGACUCACACAAUAACUAUUUUCCGGCCAUUACUUUGUGCACCGAUAUUAAGGACAGUUGCGUCGGACAGACAUCCGAUCGCAUGUUUCAACGUUUUCGGGCUAAGGAUGUGCUCAAAGAUAUUUACAUUUUACAAAGCAACGAAUCAAUAAAUCUGGCACCGGAUCAAGCGCUUAUAUUUAAGCUAGUUACAUUUCAACCAAAUGGAUCAUGGUGGAUUUACAUACAUCAUUCGUACGACACAGCCUCGGGCUACGGGUGGGACGCCAUCGAAGUGUUGCCCCGAAAACAGUACAAAAUCUCAUACAUUCUCAACAGUUACCACUUAUUGGCCAAACCAUACGCCACUCAAUGCAUACACUAUUCAUCGCAAACCCAAUACAUGUCCCGCAAAGACUGUGUCCGUCGUUGUCGGCGGACAGUCAGCGAACAGAGCUGUGGAUCGGCUAUUGUUGGACACGAAGUGGACGUCCAUAGAGGGGAACCGACCGCCCGGUUCACCAACACAUGUGUUCGUCAACUGGACUUUAAGCCCAUUUGUGAGCGCAUGUGUCCGCACAUGGAUUGCCAUAAACAUUAUUUUACUCCUAAAGUGUUGGGCAGUAAACGUAUCGGUGCUGACCAUACGGUGGUUGAACUGACCGUACCGUCAGAGCCGGAGACCAUUGUUUGGAGGGCCGACAGUCUUGAGAUAUCGUCCAAAUAUUUGCCUUCAAACCAGCCGUCGGUGCAGUCGACCACCAAAUGUCGAAGUCGUGCUCUAAAUGUGUUAAUCGGCGGCAGUUUCUCAACGUUGACAACAAGUCUUGACGACCACUCGAUUGAUGGAAAGUGA